AUGCAUCAUCAAAGUCACAAGUCCACGAGCCACUUUUCUUCGCUACCAGUCGGAAAUUUGAAGAACGCGGCUAAAAGGACUGCUUUUGGAGAUGUCAGUAACACGGCAGCAAAUGCUGCAAAAGUGCAAGCUGAUGGCUGUCUUGAAAAAAAAGUCCGUGAAAGAGGAAACCACCAAGUACCUCAAAAAAAGUAG